AUGCCGUCCUUCCAGGCGGCCAAGGAUGCCGGGGGCAUCAGCCGGCUGGCGGUGGCGGAAGAGGAAGAGGCUGGUCAGCAUCGCGAUGGGGAGGAGGCGGAGCUGGAGUUGGGGCUGAGCCUGGGAGGGAAGAUCGCUACCAGUGGGAGAACCCUGAGGAGCGGCGGCGCAAGGUUGCCGUGGGGCGAUUGUUGUAGGAUACUCACCGCUGAGGAUUUUCCUCCCAUUUUGGCCUCCCAAGGUUCGCCGAUUUCAUCUUCGUCGUCGACCGCCUCCUCGUCUCCAUCGGUGGGCAGAGGCCAUCGCGGAGGCUGUUCUGGAGCGGCGGGGAACAAGAGAACUGCAGAUUCCGUGGCUCCCAAUGUCGGAUCUCAGAGGCCGAGGUAUGCCCCCUUCUCUCUCCCUUUUUCUUUGGUGAAUAUAAAACUGCUUAAAUCUUGAUGUGUGUGUGUGUGGCACACGACUUGAAAUUAUUUCUUAAUUCUUUUUAUGCCGUCUUGAUCUUGGAAUUAAUUUUGCUUUCAUCUGUUUUCUGGCGAUAUCUCCUUACGGUGUUUCUCGCUGGGAUUUCAUCCUUUUCUUGCGCCGAUCUGAAGUUUCACUUCUCUGAUUCAUGUUGAUGUGAAUACCUUUUGAAUUUCUACCAUCUCUGUUCAUUGAUUCUAUCCCGAUCGGAUGAUUCUUCUUUCGAUUUUACGUUUCCCUGAUUCACUCUCGAAAUGUUAUGUAGCGGCCAAGUGGUGGGGUGGCCGCCAGUCAGGACGUAUCGGAUGAACAGCGUGAUCAACCACUCCAAGGACAGCUCCGAAGGAAACAACAACGAGAAAGACUGCAGCAAUGGCGCUAGCCGCUGCAAGAUCACUGGUCACGCGGUUAACAUCCCCCGCAGCGCCACCAAGGAGAUGGGUUCUCACCAACAGCAGGCGAAGAAGGGGCCAAUUGGGGGUUCUCUGUUCGUGAAGGUCAAUAUGGAUGGAAUGCCCAUCGGGAGGAAGGUGGACCUCAACUCUCACCACACAUAUGAAGCCCUUGCCAUGGCGCUGGAGGAGAUGUUUCAGAGCCGCAACUCUGUGGACAGAUCUAUCAGUUGGGGGGCAUCCUCUUCGACCUCUCUCAUCCCUGCUUUGUCCUCACGUCUUGAUUAACAUGUUUUCUGAUGUCAGGAACCUGGAAGAAGGCGAAUCUGCUGGACGGCUCCUCUGGUUUCAUCCUAACAUAUGAAGACAAGGAUGGGGACUGGAUGCUCGUCGGUGACGUUCCGUGGGGGUAUGGCUUUCCUUCCCUUCCACAUUGCUCCAUGUCCUUCUCUCUUUUCACUCUGAUUUUACAGAGGAAUUCCUGUGAACGCUUCACCGACAAGGUGAGUUCUUGACUUCACAAUCUGUUCAUAGGCUUGAUAUCUUGAAGGCUCAUGCUUGUCAUAACAUGGUCCAUGGAAUCUGCCCCUGUAACCAUGGUAGUGAGUGGGCGCAAGGUCAACGUGUUACUAAAGGCUGAUGGUUUUUUUUUCCACUUCAUCUUUGUCGAAUAAAUCUUCCUUCCUUCUGAUGGUUCCUGGGGCAGCCAUCUUCUGAUUUAAAAUCCGCCUUAGUUUAUCCUCAAUUUCUCCAGCCGGAUCAUCAGUACCUUGGUUCCUCAGCUGCAUCCUCGGGGAGAUGUUUUAUCUAUCUGGCUCUGCUCCAUCGUCUUGUUCUUGAAUGCUGUGAUCUUUAUCUCGCAGGAUGUUCUUGAGCACAGUGCAGCGACUCAGAAUCAUGAGAGUACCGGAUGUUCGUGGACUUGGUAACUACUGGAACUAG